CAGAUAGAGUCAGGCAGCGGCAAGGGGUGGCUGUACGACCCUCUUUUGGGGGGGUCUGAUUAUUACAAAAAAAUAUACACACAUAUAUGCAUGCCCCGGCCGCAAGAUAGGUCAUAUGACGAUAAUAGUUAUUUUAGAAAGCAUAUAGCUAUAUAUCUAUACAUUUAAGAUGCCUAUUUUACUUUUCCUGAUAGACACGUCCGCUUCUAUGAAUCAGCGCACUUAUUUGGGUACGACGUAUCUGGACAUUGCUAAAGGCGCGGUUGAGAUCUUUAUGAAGCUGCGUGCCCGAGACCCGGCUAGUAGAGGCGACAGGUACAUGCUAGUUACAUUCGAUGAUCCACCAUACGGAGUUAAGGCGGGCUGGAAGGAGAACCAUGCCACGUUUAUGAGUGAACUGAAGAACCUGCAGGCGUCUGGACUGACCACUCUGGGUCACGCUCUCCGCGCGGCCUUUGACCUACUCAACCUAAACCGCCUUGUCUCUGGCAUCGACAACUAUGGACAGGGCCGUAACCCGUUCUUUCUGGAGCCGUCGGUGAUCAUCACCAUCACGGAUGGGAACAAGCUGACUCACACCUCUGGGGUGCCGGAUGAGCUCCACCUGCCCCUGACCUCUCCACUGCCAGGCAGUGAGCUGACCAAGGAGCCAUUCCGGUGGGACCAGCGUCUCUUCGCCCUGGUGCUGCGUCUCCCUGGGGCAGCCACGCCCGACAGCGAGCAGCUGGGCAGCGUCCCCAACGACGAGUCUGCCAUCACCCAGAUGUGUGAGGUCACUGGAGGUCGGUCAUACUGUGUACGGACUCAGAGGAUGCUGAACCAGUGUCUGGACUCUCUGGUCCAGAAGGUUCUGAGUGGUGUCGUCAUUAACUUUGAAAAGACAGGGCCAGAUCCGCCUCUGGUAGGCGAAGAUGGUAUGGUUGACCCGAGCCGGCCCGUGUUGUCCUUCAGCCCACAGCCCUGGCACAGCUGCCACAAGCUCAUCUACGUGCGACCCAACCCCAAGACAGGGGUGCCUGUAGGCCACUGGCCCAUCCCUGAGUCCUUCUGGCCGGACCAGAACUCCCCCGCUCUGCCUCCUCGCUCUGCUCACCCCAUGGUGCGUUUCACCUGUGUGGACUGUGAGCCCAUGGUGAUUGACAAGCUACCCUUUGACAAGUACGAACUGGAGCCCUCGCCACUCACCCAGUACAUCCUGGAGAGGAAGUCUCCACACAUGUGCUGGCAGGUCUUUGUGAACAGUAGUGGAAAGCACAGUGACCUGGGCCAGCCCUUUGGCUACCUGAAGGCCAGCACGGCUCUCAACUGUGUCAACCUCUUCGUCAUGCCCUACAACUACCCUGUUGUUUUGCCACUCCUUGAUGACCUGUUUAAAGUGCACAAACUGAAGCCAAACCUAAAGUGGCGGCAGGCCUUUGAGAUCUACCUGAAGACCAUGCCUCCUUACUUUCUCUUGCCAUUGAAGAAGGCACUGAGAAUGAUGGGAGCGCCCAACCUCAUCUCCGACAACAUGGACUGUGGCCUCAGCUACAGUGUCAUCUCCUACCUAAAGAAGCUUAGCCAGCAGGCAAAGAUGGAGUCGGAUCGCCUGAUCGUGUCUGUAGGGAAGAAGGCUCCCCAAGAGACUGGGAUAAAGGUGAAGAACCACUCCAACACCCUGUCCCUGGCCCACCGCAAAGACUUCAAGCAGCUCCUGCAGGGUAUCACCGGGGAGAUGUCCCUCCGCCUUGCAGACAUCAACUUCAAGGAGUUUGCCGGCUUUCAGAUUGCACUGCUCAACAAGGAUCUAAAGCCUCAGGCGUAUCGGAACGCCUAUGACAUCCCAAGACGGAACCUUCUGGAUCAGCUGACACGGAUGCGCUCCAACCUUCUGAGGACUACUCAGAAACUUAUCAGAGGACAAGAUGAAGACUACCUUCACAGUAUACCCAUGGUUCAGAUGGGCAACUAUCAGGAGUAUCUAAAGAUGAUGCCGUCUCCUCUGAGAGAGAUCGACCCUGACCAACCCAAACGCCUGCACACCUUCGGCAACCCAUUCAAACAGGACAAGAAGGGGAUGAUGAUUGAUGAGGCAGAUGAGUUUGUAACGGGUCCCCAAAGCAAGAAGAGAGGCAUUACGGGGGACCCCAACUCGGGGGCUGCUCUGAAGAGAAGGCGGAGUAUGUCCCCUUUAUUGCGUCGGCCCCAGACUCCACCAAUCAUCACCAACCAUGUAGUGGGGAAGGGGUCCAAUGGGAACGGGGCCCAGGGCCAGGAUGGCAUCAUCAAGCCCAUCCCACUGCACAAAGGAGCAGUGGGGAACAGCGUGCUGGGCACAGAGAGUAACGGGGAGGGGGGUGUGGGGCCUGAAUCAGGGGACGGCUGGCCUGGAAUGGUGGUGGACGGUGUGGGAGGGGGCACAAAUGCACUCAUCCUGGAGGAGAGAGAGAGUGAGAGGCCUGGGAUGUGUGCGGGGGACAGUGGGGAGGACAGUGGCGUGGAGGAGGACAGGUUAGGGGAGGGUGGCCUGGAUGAGCGGCCCCCCUCAGAGAGACAGCAGCAAAGCUGUGAGGGGGACCAGGAGGGAGAGCUGGAGGGAGAUGAAAAUGGAGCAGACCAAGCUGAGCCUGAGGCGGUCACCAUAGCCCCACUAGAUGGCAGCAAUGCUGAGCUGCGCACACGGGUCAUCAAGGAGGUCCGCAAACCUGGCCGCAACUAUGAGACCAUAUUCAGGCUGCUGGAGGAGGUGAAGGGGUCUGUGACGGUCCAGAGGUACUUCAUCCAUCACACGAUCAAGGAGGCUGCCAGGUUUAAGAAGCGGGUGCUGAUCCAGCAGUUGGAGACAGCUCUGGAGUUGAUUGAGGAGAAGGAGCUGCAGCUCCCUCCUGUCCGCCUUUACAACGACCAUGGUAGAUAGUGAAGAAGUGGCCUGCAGAGGUCCCUGCUCAGAAACACAAAGACAUGUACAGGAACAGGGUACUCUCCUUCACAAGACAUGUACAGGAACAGGGUACUCUCCUUCACAAGACAUGUACAGGAACAGGGUACUCUCCUUCACAAGACAUGUACAGGAACAGGGUACUCUCCUUCACAAGACAUGGACAGGAACAGGGUACUCUCCUUCACAAGACAUGGACAGGAACAAGGUACUCUCCUUCACAAGACAUGUACAGGAACAGGGUACUCUCCUUCACAAGACAUGUACAGGAACAGGGUACUCUCCUUCACAAGACAUGGACAGGAACAGGGUACUCUCCUUCACAAGACAUGUACAGGAACAGGGUACUCUCCUUCACAAGACAUGGACAGGAACAGGGUACUCUCCUUCACAAGACAUGGACAGGAACAAGGUACUCUCCUUCACAAGACAUGUACAGGAACAGGGUACUCUCCUUCACAAGACAUGGACAGGAACAGGGUACUCUCCUUCACAAGACAUGUACAGGAACAGGGUACUCUCCUUCACAAGACAUGGACAGGAACAGGGUACUCUCCUUCACAAGACAUGUACAGGAACAGGGUACUCUCCUUCACAAGACAUGGACAGGAACAGGGUACUCUCCUUCACAAGACAUGUACAGGAACAGGGUACUCUCCUUCACAAGACAUGGACAGGAACAGGGUACUCUCCUUCACAAGACAUGACUUACACAUGGUCCAACAACACCCCAUAGGAUGUAAAGUUGGGUGUUGAAUGGAGAGAAAGAAGGAGGCAAUAUAGGAGACGACAGAGAGCUGAGGUCCCUCCCUAUCUAUGUGUUGUGACAUUGUGCCUCAACAGCACUCACACAUGGAGAUGGAAGGGUCAGGGGUUAUAAUUCGGGAGGGAGGAGGAGGGUAGGGCCAGAGCCAGACCAAUAUGGGGAUAAGUUAAGAGACUCUGGAUGUAAUCCACUCCAUUAGUGACUGAUGCCAUUGCAGACCAUAUGGCUAAUUCAGUUUGUCCACAGACAUUGAUUCAUUCACACACACACACACACACACACACACACACACACACACACACACACACACACACACACACACA